AUGUCCGUCUCUGGUAGCCCUCUCCUGAAAGGAAUUCUCGAGGCCUCCAAGGAGGAUCAUACGAUCUACAUCCAUAAGAAUACGUACAUUUUGGUAAGCUUUCGAUAUGAACAGAAAUAGCUUUUGGAUGUCACCUCCUCUAGAAUAUAGAAACCCUUGUGGUUGCUUAUUCUAAAAAAAUAUUUUUCAGCUUGAACACGAAAACGAGCUUUUUAAUGUUCGGAGUGUCAUUUUAUUCUUAUCUUUUUAACAAAAAUUUUUCCAGGUGGAUUCAGCGCCGGAAGCGAUUGGUUGGGCUGUUGAGUCAUUCGCAAUUUCUUCCGACGGGCUUCUCUCGACAUGGGAUUCCACUUUGGAGGCUUUCAGCCGGGACUUGAUUCCCCGGACGCCUCCAUUUUUCUCGACUCCUUGUUCUUCGUCUGUGAUCGAGGUUAGUUGAGCUCUUUCAUUGCCAAAAAACUUCAAAACUGAGGCAACACAUUCUAUUUUUUUUUACGUGGUUUGAUUUGAAAUCCGUUUUUUUGUCACAGUAACUGAAUUUUUUCAGGAGGACUGGGAAACAGGAAAAACUGGCCGUGCUCACGAAUGGUCGACGACGUUUUCCGAUGGCCUGCUGUCGUCAACGGACUCCACCUUGAAGGCGAUCAGCCGGGACUUGAUCCCCGGACGCCUCAAUCGUCUUCCAAACCUUUUUUUCUCUUGA